AUGCAGAACGGUGACAUAAUUUUUACCAGCGUUUGCCACAUCUUCCCCUCUAGGCCGCGCGAUGGGUGCCUGUCGUCGCUGCUGCCGGUGCGCGGUCUGGACCUCUCCCGGCUGGUGGUGUUUCUGGACGGCGACUUCCUGGAGGUGCGGCAACUGUUGAUGCUGCUCGGGAUCCGGCUGCACCGGCACGUGGUCGAGCCGAUCGGCCUCGCUUCCCGCGCCGUCGGCACGCGCAUCGGCUUCAACUACAGAUAUACAAUAGAGCAAGCAUUCAACAUGUUCCCGGAUGCUGAAAAACUUGUCCUCUUGGAAGAAGAUCUGGAGGUGGCACCAGAUUUUCUCAGCUACUUCCAACAAACGCACCAUCUACUUGACAAGGACGUCAGCUUGUACUGCAUAUCCGCCUGGAAUGAUCAUGGGUACCAGCACACGGUGGGAGAUCCAGCCAUGCUAUACCGGAUUGGUACUCUACCCGGACUAGGAUGGAUGCUGAAGCGAAGCUUUUUCUUCAAUGAAGUCAUUCCGAUAUGGCCUGAAGACUGGGAGACGUUCGACUGGGACGUCUUGCUGAGGCUGGGCAGUAUCCGGAGAGGGCGCGACUGCAUCAUUCCUGACGUGUCGAGGACCUACCACUUCGGCUUCGUGGGAAACCACGUCAAUUCCGGCAUGCAGUUCGCGUUUUUCUACGACCACGCUCUGAACACGAUUCCGGACGUGAAGCUCAAAGACGUUGACAGGAUGGUCUUCCAUGAAUACGAGAAGCUACUGCACGAGCUGGUAACCACCGGCACCAAACUGGAUGGCGACGCUCACACCAACUCAACCUCCUGCAAGCGCAUCAUCCCUUCCGAUACGAAGGUGAUCACGCUGUGA